UUGACUCAGAUCUUGCAGCAACACGCUCCGCUGGUGAGGGAGAGGGACGGGCCGCGCGCACACAGAACUUCCAUAAAAUCCCCUGUUUGACGGCCGCCUCAGCCUCUGUCUGCGAAGCACGUGUUGUGCAUAGAACGGUUCCGGGUAUCGCUAAGGAAGAUAAAGUCUGUAUAAUCUUGAGAGACUUCUGCUUGAUCUUGAAAAUGGCCAGCUAUCACAAACCCGAUGAAAAAACGCUGCAGGGUCUGAAAGAUAUCGCGAAUAAGUUGAGGAUUCACUCCAUCAAGGCGACAUGUGCUUCCAAUUCUGGGCAUCCCACAUCCUGCUGCAGUGCUGCAGAAAUUAUGUCUGUGCUGUUUUUCCACACCAUGCGCUACAAAGCCAUGGACCCACGCAACCCCUGCAAUGACCGCUUUGUUUUGUCUAAGGGUCAUGCUGCGCCCAUCCUGUACGCCGCUUGGGUGGAGGCGGGUUUUGUCAAGGAGGCAGAUCUGCUGAACCUGCGGAAGAUUGACUGUGAUCUGGAGGGCCACCCAACUCCUAAACUACCCUUUGUGGAUGUAGCCACAGGUUCCCUUGGGCAGGGUCUGGGUGCUGCUUGUGGAAUGGCUUACACUGGGAAGAACUUUGACAAGUCCAGCUACCGUGUGUACUGCUUGCUUGGGGAUGGCGAGUGCUCCGAAGGCUCUGUGUGGGAGGCCAUGGCCUUUGCCUCCUAUUACAAGCUGGACAACCUGGUGGCCGUCAUAGAUGUGAACAGGCUGGGUCAGAGCGAGGCGGCUCCACUGCAGCACGACACCGAAACAUAUCGCCGGCGCUGCGAAGCCUUUGGCUGGAACACUUACGUGGUCGAUGGCCAUGAUGUGGAGGAGCUUUGCAAGGCACUGUGGCAGGCUGAGCAGGACAAGAGCCGGCCCACUGCCAUCGUAGCCAAGACCUUCAAGGGCAGAGGUCUCCAAGCAAUUGAGAACGAGGACAAUUGGCAUGGCAAGCCCAUCCCGAAGGACCGCGCAGAGAGCUAUAUUUCAGAACUUAAGGGGCUGAUACAAACCAACAAGCCCCUUUGUCCAGAGCUGCCCACUGAAGAUGCUGCCCCAGUUGAUUUCUCCCCCGUCCUCCUGCCAUCCUUGCCGAACUACAAGCUGGGAGACAAGAUAUCAACCCGAAAGGCAUAUGGUGUGGCUCUCGCCCGACUGGGGCAGAGCAGCACGCGAGUGGUGGCUUUGGAUGGGGACACCAAGAACUCCACCUUCUCCGAGCUCUUCAAGAAGGCCCAUCCAGACCGUUACAUUGAGUGCUUCAUUGCUGAGCAGAACAUGGUGAGUGUGGCCAUUGGCUGUGCCACACGGGACCGCACUGUGCCCUUCGCCAGCACAUUUGCCGCCUUCCUGUCCCGGGCCUAUGACCACAUUCGCAUGGCAGCCAUCUCCCAAUCAAAUGUCAACCUGGUGGGCUCCCACUGUGGCGUUUCCAUCGGUGAGGAUGGCCCCUCACAGAUGGCCUUGGAGGACCUGGCCAUGUUCCGAGCCAUUCCCACCUGCACCGUGUUCUACCCAAGUGAUGGAGUCUCCACCGAGAGGGCUGUGGAGCUGGCUGCAAAUACAAAGGGAAUCUGCUUUAUCAGGACUAGUCGCCCCGACACUGCAGUGAUCUACUCCCCAGAAGAGACGUUUAAAGUGGGGCAAGCCAAGGUGGUGCGUCAGACAGGAAGUGACAGUGUCACUCUGAUUGGUGCUGGAGUGACUCUGCAUGAGGCUCUAGCUGCAGCUGACCAACUGGCUAAAGAAGGUGUGAAUGUGCGUGUGAUCGAUCCAUUCACCAUCAAGCCCCUGGAUAAGGACACCAUCAUAAGCAGUGCCCGGGCCACAGGCGGGAGGGUCAUCACCGUUGAAGAUCACUACCCAGAAGGUGGCCUGGGGGAGGCGGUAUGUUCUGCGCUUCAGGGAGAGCCUGGGAUGAUGGUGCAGCGGCUGGCUGUGUCUGGGGUUCCCCGGAGUGGCAAACCCCAGGAGCUGCUGGAUAUCUAUGGUAUCAGCGCUAGUAAAAUCGUGGAUGCUGUUCGUACUGCCUUUGCCAACUGAAGGCAGAUGCAUCCUGCCCGGCAUUUCAAUGCCCAGUCAAAGUUCUUUUGCUGUGUAGGCUCUUGUUAACUGUAAGCUAAACACUGCACUGCUGUGUCAGUCUGUCUUUUUACGAUUUCCCUUGGCCCACAUGAGUUCCGCACCAUUUUGUUUUUAUAAAUCUGCUUUCCCUGUCUUGCCACUCUUUUUCUGACCUGUAGUGACUCUGUCCUCUGUAACUUAAGUCAGACCAGUUCCCAGUUCCCAGUGCGAGUAUUGCUAGCUGUGGAUCUGGAGUCCAUGCCAUGGAUAGAAUUGUACCCCAAAAGUCAUUGCUCUUUCCUGAGUUGAUGCAGGCCAGGCAUUGGAGUGGCAUGUAUAGGUUUUCAUUUUUAAUUUGUCUUUUAGCAGUUUUAUCCACAGUCACUGGUUUCUCGUAAAGCGUGAAUAGCUUAAACUGUACAUUACAUGAAAACAGCUGUAAUAUGUACAGCCCCAAUUGUUUUCUGAGGACUGCAGCUUGAUUUGCAGGGAAAUACAUUCCUAACUUUACUAAUGUUGCGUGAAAUGACCCUUAUCAGCACAUGAAGAUGUGGUAGUCCACGCGAGAUUUUACUAAAUUGACAAAUGCAGUUGUUUGCCCUUAGUUAACCCUUUAUAAUUAAUUUUAAUAUUUUUGAUUGCACUGUGAAGGUUACUGAUCUAAAUGGGAACACUUUUUUUCCAGCCUGUUAAAAUGCUUAUUCAGACAGCCAUUGUGUCUGUGUUUGUGAGUGCAUUAGUCUGUUAAGAAUAAAGCACUUUGACACCUGUU